GCCAUGGCGGCGCCGCCGCUGCAGCAGCCCAGCUUCCUGCUGGCCACGCUCAAGGCGGACUGCGUCAACAAGCCCUUCGCGCAGAGGUGCCACGAGCUGGAGACGCUCAUCGAGGAGUUCCCGGCCAAGGAACUGCAUGGCAUCUUCCCAUGGUUGGUGGAGAACAUUUUUGGCAGCCUGGAUGGCAUCAUUGUAGGCUGGAAUCUUCGUUGUUUGCAGGGGAGAACAAAUCCCACUGAAUAUUCUGUGGCUUUGGAUUUCCUAGAUCCCAGUGGCCCAAUGAUGAAGCUGGUUUACAAACUCCAAGCAGAAGAAUACAGAUAUGAUUUCCCAGUCUCCUAUCUUCCAGGUCCUGUGAAGGCUUCAAUACAAGAGCAAGUCCUACCAGAAUGCUCAUUAUACCACAACAAAGUCCAAUUUCCUUCAUCUGGUGGUUUAGGUUUGAAUUUGGCUCUCAAUCCAUUUGAAUAUUACAUGUUUUACUUUGCAAUUAGUUUGAUUACACAGAAGAAUUCCUCCACCACCCACCAUGCCAGCCCUUCCAACAGUGCUUAUUUCAUCUUGGUGGACACUUACCUGAAGUGUUUCCUACCUACAGAAGGAAGUGUCCUUCCUCCACCCUCUUCCAAUCCUGGGGGAGCCAUCCCUUCACCUACCCCCAGGUCUCCUGCAGUGCCCUUCACUUCGUACGGCAUACACCACACCAGCUUGCUCAAGCGGCACAUCGCCCACCAGCCUUCUGUGAACGCUGACCCAGCGUCCCAGGAGAUCUGGAGAUCAGAAACGAUGCUCCAGAUCUUUGUUGAAAUGUGGCUUCACCAUUAUUCACUGGAAAUGUAUCAGAAAAUGCAGUCCCCUCACGUCAAGCUGGAGUUUCUCCACUACCGACUCAGUAUCUCCAGUAAACACCACGGUAGUCCUGCCCAAUCCAGCUACCAGGCCCUCCACGCAUACCAAGAGUCAUUCAAACCCACUGAAGAGCAUGUGCUAGUGGUAAGACUGCUCGUGAAGCACCUGCAUGCUUUUAGCAACAGCCUGAAACCAGAGCCUCUCUCCCCUUCAGCCCACUCCCACACAGCUAGCCCCCUAGAAGAGUUUAAAAGGGUUGUGAUUCCUCGGUUUGUCCAGCAGAAACUUUACAUCUUUCURCAACACUGUUUUGGCCACUGGCCUCUGGAUGCCUCUUUCAGAGCUGUGCUGGAGAUGUGGUUAAGUUACUUGCAGCCUUGGAGGUACGCUCCUGAAAAGCCACCUCAAAGUUCAGAGCCCUCGUCUCGCAUGGUGUCAGAGAAAUGGGCUGCCUUCAUUCAAGAAAACCUGCUCAUGUACACCAAGCUGUUUGUAGGAUUUCUGAACCGAGCUCUUCGAACGGAUUUGGUCAGUCCAAAAAAUGCUCUCAUGGUGUUCCGAGUAGCCAAAGUGUUUGCUCAGCCCAACCUGGCUGAAAUGAUCCUGAAAGGAGAACAGUUAUUCCUGGAGCCAGAACUUGUUAUUCCCCAUCGUCAGCACCGGCUUUUUAUGACCCCCACACUUAGUGGAAGCUUCUUCUCAUCGUGGCCUCCAACUAUUACAGAUGCCUCAUUUAAGGUGAAGAGUCAUGUUUACAGCCUGGAGGGACAGGACUUCCAGUAUAAACAAAUGUUUGGCCCUGAAGUCAGAAAUUUGGUGUUAAAACUGGCUCAGCUGAUCUGCCAGGCCCAGCACACAGCAAAAUCCAUAUCAGACCAUUCUGCAGAGACACAGUCUAGCCAGUCCUUCUUUUCAUGGUUUAGAUUUACACCAUCCGAUAUGAAUGGGUCCUACACAGGCAACGACCUGGAUGAAAUUGGGCAAGACAGCAUCAAAAAAACAGAUGAAUAUUUAGAGAAGGCCCUGGAAUAUUUGUGUCAAAUCUUUAAGCUGAGUGAAGCCCAACUGAACCAGAUGAUGAUGAAGUGUGGGACAGCUCAGGAUGAGAAUGGAAAGAAACAGCUUCCAGACUGCAUUGAGAGUGAGGAUGGGCUCAUUCUUACACCUCUUGGCAGAUACCAGAUCAUAAAUGGCUUACGUAGAUUUGAGGUACAGUAUCAAGGAGAUACUGAGCUUCAGCCCAUCCGAAGCUACGAAAAUGCUACUCUUGUUCGCCUCCUGUUCCGGUUAUCCUCAGCACUUAACCAGAGGUUUGCUGAUCAGAUGGAAGUACUGUGCUCCAGGGAGGAUUUCCUCGGCAGACUUUGCCGCUACCAUCUUACCAACCCAACCCUUGCCCAGACCACGAGGUGUACUCCUAUGCUGAAGGAGAGGACGAGCCAGAAUUACGGACCAAGAAUCAGUCUGAGGUUUCUGGCUAGCUACAGAACUCUCGGUUCCUUGCUAUUGAUCUACUUCAUUGCCUCCUGGUUCUGCAUCGGGCCCGUAGGUUGCACAUUCAUUGUCCUGGUUGGGUAUUUGCUUUAUGCCAUACUGAUGACAUUCUUUUUUGAAGGGUGGAAACCUCAUCAACACUAGUUUCUUUCUCCUUCCCACAGCWCAUCAGUGUAACAUAGAUAUAGUCAGGAUAACCAGUCUGGGGUUCAGCAAGUAAAUCAUUUGCAUUAUUAUUAUUGUAUCAGACUUUUAAUUUUAAAGUAUUUUUUUAAAUAUUAAAGUUGAGCAAGUUUUAUGAGCGGAAUGAAACAUUUUUGUGGCAGCAGAACUGAUCAGUGUAAAUUCUAUUUUUUAUAAAAGCUUUCUUACA